AAUCACAUUGGCUUUGCCCGAAGUUUUUUCUUUUGCUUCUUUCCCACCCUUCUUGAGCAUGCGACCAUGGGGAAAAAGUGACCACUCGUGGCAGUAGGGGAAGUCGGGGUGGUGAGCAGCCGAGGGGACAGCUGUAACUUCUACGUGACCAUGGUACCUGUUGAAAACACAGAGGGCCCUAGUCUGCUGAACCAGACGGGGACAGCCGCAGAGACUGAUGGCAGCAAGAGCGCCCGCGGCAGCCGGCAUUCGCCCUGGGCAAGAGGUUGCAGCAUGCUGACUUUCCUGUCCUCCAUCACUGCAGCCGUCGGUGGCCUCCUGGUGGGUUAUGAGCUUGGUCUCAUCUCCGGGGCCCUCCUGCAGAUCCGAACCUUAUUAGCCCUGUCCUGCCAUGAGCAGGAGAUGGUCGUGAGCGCCCUCCUCAUCGGGGCCUUGCUGGCCUCCCUCACGGGAGGGGUCCUGAUCGACAGGUACGGAAGAAGGGCCGCCAUCAUGCUCUCAUCCUGCCUCCUGGGCCUUGGAAGCCUGGUCCUGAUCCUCAGUUUAUCCUACACGCUUCUGAUCGUGGGACGCAUUGCCAUUGGCAUCUCCAUUUCCCUGUCUUCCAUCGCCACUUGUGUGUACAUCGCAGAGAUCGCCCCCCAGCACCGGCGAGGCCUGCUUGUCUCCCUCAAUGAACUGAUGAUUGUCAUCGGCAUCCUCGGGGCCUACAUUUCAAACUAUGCAUUUGCCAACGUAUCCCACGGCUGGAAGUACAUGUUUGGCCUCGUCAUUCCUUUGGGGAUUCUGCAAGCCAUUGCCAUGUACUUUCUUCCUCCAAGUCCCCGGUUCCUGGUGAUGAAAGGUGAUGAAGAAGCAGCGAGCAAGGUUCUGGGGAGGUUACGAGGUAUUUCAGUUACCACAGAGGAACUAACAGUGAUAAAAUCUUCCCUGAAAGAUGAAUAUCAAUACAGUUUUGGAGAUCUGUUUCGUUCGAAGGACAACAUGAGGACCCGAAUAAUGAUCGGCUUAGUGUUGGUCUUCUUUGUACAAAUCACCGGCCAGCCAAACAUUCUAUUCUAUGCAUCCACUGUUUUGAAGUCUGUUGGCUUCCAGAGCAAUGAGGCAGCCAGCCUCGCCUCCACGGGGGUGGGUGUUGUCAAGGUGGUCAGCACCAUCCCGGCCACCCUUCUGGUUGACCAAAUUGGGAGCAAAACCUUCCUCUGUGUUGGGUCUUCAGUGAUGGCAGCCUCUUUGGUGACGAUGGGCAUCGUGAAUCUCCACAUCCAUAUGAACUUCACUGAUAUCUGCAGAAUCCAUCCUCCUGCCAACCAGUCUUGGAACAGCUUUACGGCUUAUGGUCCAGGAAACCUGUCAGCCAGCAAUGACACUGUUAGAGAGUCUUUUAAGGGGGCCAUUUCUCACAUCAGAAGCCCACUGAUGCCCACAAGAAGUAACAUGGAUACAGGAAAGGAGAUGAACUUGGCACCUUUACCAACUGCUGGACUGAGCCAAACUGAAUUCCAGGUGGUCACCGACCCUGUGGAAGUCCCUGCGUUUUUGAAAUGGCUCUCUUUAGCCAGCUUGCUUGUCUACGUUGCUGCUUUUUCUAUUGGUCUAGGACCAAUGCCUUGGCUUGUGCUCAGUGAGAUUUUUCCUGGUGGAAUUCGAGGACGAGCCAUGGCUUUAACUUCCAGCAUGAACUGGGGCAUCAAUCUUCUCGUCUCUCUGACAUUUUUGACUGUGACUGAUCUCAUUGGCCUACCAUGGGUGUGUUUUAUAUAUACAAUUAUGAGCCUGGCAUCCUUGGGUUUUGUUGUUCUGUUUAUACCUGAAACUAAAGGAUGCUCUUUGGAACAAAUAUCAAUGGAACUUUCUAAAGAGAGCUAUGUGAAAAACAACAUUUGUUUUAUGAAUCAUCACCAAGAGGAUUUAGUGCCAAAACAGCUUCAAAACCGAAACCCUCAAGAGCAGAUAGAAUGUAAAAAUCUGUGUGGUAGGGGGCAGCCAAGGCAGCUUUCUCCAGAGACCUAAAGGCUCAAAAGCUUGCAAAUGUUAACAUAGGAUAAGAAUUUAGUAAAGGGUGUCUUCAACACAUACUUCCCAUUCUGCAAUGUCAUGAAGUUUUAAUGGGACACCCUGAAAGGCCAGAUAACCUUUAUACUCCAAUCCCCAAGAGGAAUCUCAAAGAGUAAAUGAGGCAUGAAUUUCAAGUGAUUCCUGUUCUGAGUAUGGUAUCAGGUUAAAAAAGAGUAAGUCUGGUAUAAUACAUUCCAUCUUUUUCACAAAGCCACCUCUGAAAAAUUAUGAACUAGUAAUGUGAGCAUCUUUUUGCCUUAAAUAUGUUUGUAUAAAAGGCCAGUCACAGCCUUAUUUUAAUCAGGCACAUGUUCUGAAGCCAAGGUUUGUUUUCAGAUGCCUUUAUAUUUAAGUGCCUACUAUGACUCUACUUGUACUGAAUCUAAGUGUAAGUAUUACCAGGACACAGUGGACACAUGUGUCUGCAACUAUCCUUUGCACACAUGUUCUAUCUAGGUUAGAAGUCCCUUGCUUGGAUUUCAGUGGUAAUUCUCAAUCGCUGGUCAAUGAGUAUAAAAACUACAGCUUUUUUUAGAUGAAUUAUGAACUAUAUAAAAUAUCCUGCAUUUGUAAAUCUCAUGUUAUUUUAUAAAACAGCCCAAUAAUUCUGCAAUAGUUGAAAACAAUCAUUUUUCUUCUUUUUCUAAUAGAAAAUACAAAUAGAAGGAAUUCUAAAAUCCUGGCACCAUAUAUAUUUAUUCCUAAGUAGCUGUUAGAAAAACAUUAGAAAACAAGUAAGGCCGUUAGGUUAUUUAUCUAACUUUCAACAUUAGGUUUGAGUUAUAAAAUCAUGCUCACAGAAUUCCUCCUUGUGAAGUGUUCAUAACACAGUUCUUUACACUCCUCAGGAAUAUCACUACCUCAGGUUAUGACAAACAGGCUAUCCUAGAUGUUAGUUUUCAGAUGAUCACAAUGAUAAUUAACUAUCAGGACCAUUUCCUCACUGCUCUACUCCAGGAUGAAAGAGUCAACCAUAUCCAUAUCAGGGACUCCCACCCAAACAAUGGAUUCUCUCUUCCUGUUAUCUCUCUAGUUGAAUUUUAAGGCCUGACAACAAUCUUACCAAUAGAACUUGGAUAUGCUAGAACAUUUGCAACAAUCUCAGACCACUUAUGCAGCAAUCUAUUGAAUUAUUAAUUUCACAACCCUCAAAGACACUCCUAAAGUUUAGUGUCAACAACUUGAAAAAUAUCAUUAACUUGAAGUAAAGAAAAUUCUAACAGGCCUUUUUAUUUAACUGGAAAUUUUCCUAUUGGCCCGUAAGAGAGUAUAAGGAUCUACCCCCACUGACUUAGAACAAUGAAGAAAAGUAACUGUGUUUUAUCAGAGAUUCAGGAGAAUGAAUGCAGUUUGGUUCUGAAAUGUACAACCUAAAUUAUAAUUACCCAGAGAUGUACGAAGAAAAGAAAUCUGACAUCUUAAUUCUAUCAUGGUACAUUUU